UUUCCGAAGCAGGGACUUUAUGAUGAAAUGUCAUCUGAAAGAGAUCUGAUAAUGGAGAGACUUAAGAAGGAUGAGUCCUGGGACUCCAGACUGAUAGAAACCUGGCAAUGCGAAGACACAUUAGAAAGGCGGCAAGGAAAUCCGAAGAAAGACUUAAGGCAAAUCAUAAUUAAACGCAAGAAAACCCCUGUGGAGGAUUGUAAUGAAAGUGGUGAAAGUUCAAGCCCAAUUCAACAUCACAUUUACUCAGUGAAAAAGCCUUGGAAGUGCAAUGAAUGUGGGAAGGGCUUCAGUUACUACUCAGCCUUCAUCCUCCAUCAGAGAAUUCAUACUGGAGAGAAGCCUUAUGUGUGUAAUGAGUGUGGAAAGGCCUUCAGUCGGAGCUCAUCACUUAUUCAGCAUCAGAGGAUUCACACUGGAGAGAAACCGUAUGAGUGUAACGAGUGUGGGAAGGCUUUCAGUCAUCGGUCAGCUCUUAUCCAACAUCAUAUCAUUCAUACUGGAGAAAAACCCUACGAGUGCAAUGAAUGUGGGAAGGCCUUCAACCAAAGCACAUACCUUAUUCAACAUCACAGAAUCCAUACUGGAGAGAAACCCUAUAAAUGCAAGGAAUGUGGGAAAGCUUUCAAUGAUACCUCAUCCCUUAUUAAACAUCAAAGGGUUCAUACUGGAGAAAAACCCUAUGGAUGUACAGAGUGUGGGAAAGCCUUCAGUGACAGGUCAGGCCUCACUCAACAUCAGAGAACUCAUACAGGGGAAAAGCCAUAUGAAUGCAGUGAAUGUGGGAAAGCCUUCAGUUACUGUUCAGCUCUUAUUCAACACCAAGGAACCCAUACUGGGGAGAAACCUUACAAAUGUAAUGAAUGUGGGAAAGCCUUCAGUGACCGCUCAGCUCUUGUAAGACAUCAGAGAAUUCAUACUGGAGAGAAACCUUACAAAUGCAAAGAAUGCAAGAAAGCCUUCAGCCAGAGCUCAUCUCUUACAAAGCACGUGAGAACUCAUACUGGAGAGAAACCGUAUAAAUGCAAUGAUUGUGACAAAGCCUUCAGCCAGAGUUCAUCUCUUAUUCAACACCAGAAAACCCAUACGGGAGAAAAACCUUAUGAAUGCAGUGAAUGUGGAAGAGUCUUCAGGCGUCAGGCAAAUUUCGUUCGACAUCAAAGAAUUCACACAUCAGAGGAUCCCUUUGUAUGCGACAUAUGCGGGCAAGCCUUCAAACAGAAGUCUACUCUUGCUGUCCAUAAACAGUGUCACCCUCAGAAAAAGCCAUAUAAGUGUCAUGACUGUGGAAAAUUUUUCCGUCAGAUGGCAUAUCUUAUUGAACAUAGGAGGAUUCAUACCAAAGAAAAACCCUACAAGUGUAGUGAGUGCGAAAGAACGUUUAGUCAGAAUUCAACCCUUAUUCGACAUCAGUUAACCCACAGCGGAGAAAAACCCCACAAAUGUCUCCAAUGUGGAAAGGCCUUUGGUCGGCAUUCGACCCUUCUGAGCCAUCAACAGAUUCAUACCAAACAGAACACUCACAAAUGCGGUGAAUGUGGAGAGUCCUUUAGCCGGAGUGUAGAUCUCAUUCAGCAUCAAAGAACCCAUACCAAGGAGGAAUUCUUUGAAUGUAGAGAAUGUGGAAAAACUUUUAGUUUUAAGGCAAAUCUUCAUCGCCACGAGGUCAUUCAUACCGGAGAGAGGCCCUACAGAUGUGAUAAAUGCGGAAAAUCUUUCAUCUGGCGCACAAGCUUUAUUAAGCAUCAGGGUACUCACAGAGAUAUCAAUGUGACAUUAACUGGAAAAAGACCAUUGGAAGACCAGAACUUAGCACUCUUGUAAUUAUAUGUAACUCAUUGUUUUAUGAAAAUUAAUAAACAGGAGUUGAAAUGGU